AACCUUGGUUCUCGAUACCAAUCACUUUCAAUUUCAAACCUGCUUGACUGUGCAUGCUUUCUUGACCCAAGAUUCAAGAGCCUGCCUUUCAUGAGUGAGGACAAUCGGAAAAAGCUUCACACAUUUGUUUUGGAGGAGGCAAUCGACCACUAUGAGUCUCUAAAUUCAGACACAGAACCAGCAGCUUCUGAAGAAAAGAAUGAAGACCAGCUUCCACUGCCAAAAAAGCACAAGAGUGAAUUAGGCCAGCUUCUUGGUGACAUGUUUACCAAUCUGAGUCAAGCGAAACAAGUGACCUCCAGGGACAAAGCAGAAAACGUCUUGCAGAAGUAUCUUGAUGAGCCAUGCUUGAACAUUGAUGAGAAUGCUUUGAAGUGGUGGGAGCAAAACAGUUCUCGGUUUCCUGCCAUUUCCAAAAUUGCCCAAAGACUACUCUGUAUACCAGCCACAAGUACUCCUGCAGAAAGGCUCUUUUCAACAGCUGGGAACAUUAUCAGCUCAAAACGAGCGAACCUGGAUCCCCAUAAUGCAUCGAUGUUGUGUUUCCUUGCAGAAAACUUGCAGUAGUUAUGUAACUAUUGCCUGAUAGAGUCUUCACUGUGUUACUAUGAUCUCGAAUGGAGCUGUGCUGUUGUGUAAAAUUGUGAAGGUGUGUGUAAAUGAGCAUUAAUGAAAUACGAGGUCAGACUUACCGAUUAAUCGAUAAAUCGUGAUACUGACUUCAAGUAAUCGGCAAUAAUCGGCAAUACCAAUUA